UUUGGGCUUUUUUUUGGGGGGGAAUUUUAGGCAGGAAUGGCAGUGAUGGUGUCAGGGACCUGUUGCUGGUGUUUAAAUCGAUUUAUCAAACUUUGUGCUGCUCUGAAAGUGGAAUUUGAGGAAAGUUCCUGGUGUUAAAAUGCCUGAUUUUGGUUUUGUUUCUGGAAUUCUUGGUUGAAAGGCUUGUCCUGAUUUUUAUUUUCUUGGAUAAAAACCUGCCCCAAAGGGAUGGGAUCCCCCUGCUGGGAUGGGGCAGAAUUUUGGGAAUAUUCCAAUGGAUUUCAGGGCAGGUGUUGAUGUUCUGCUUGGGAUGGGAUUCACUUUUGCUGGGAGUUCUGUUUGGGAUUUGGGAGCUGAGUUUGGCUUUCCCUGAGCUGGGAAUGGGCCUGGAGUGGCUGAGGGGAUAUUCCAACCCUGCAAAAUGUCCUUUUCCAUAGGAAAACUGGGAAAGGGGAGUGGGGAAAUGGGAUUUUGGCUUCCAGGGUGGCACAGAGUGGGAGGAGUAACUUUGUUUGGGGUUUGGGUUUCUUUUUUCCACGUGGUUUUAUCUCAUCCCAGGAAUUUUCUUAUUGAAGUUCUUCCUCUCCCAUCCUGGUCCUUUUUUAGGAUCUGAUUCCCUCAGGCUUUACAAUUCCAGCUUUUCCUGGGAAAUUCAAAUUUCCAGGCUGGGAUUUGUCCUCUUCCCAUUAUCCAGGUGCUCCAGGACCAUUCCCAUUCUGCCUUCCUCUUCCUCCUCAUCCUCCAGAGCACAUCCCAACCCCUUGUGUGUCCUGGUUUGGCUGGACCAUUCCCAGUGAUCCUGGCUCUUGGAAUUCCAAAUCCACUGAUCCCAGCUGAGAUCCUGCUGGAUCUGGAGCUGGUAACCAGAAUGUCCCCAGGGAGGAUUUGGCCUGGAGCUGCUUUCACCUCAAAAAUCCUGGGAAUUCUUGCUUGAGCAGGCAGGUGGUCCUGCUGGAAUGGGAGAACCUGGAAUUGGGAGAACCUGGAGUGCCAGACCACCUGGAAUGAGAGAACUUGGAAUGGGAGCCCACCAUGGAUGGGAGAACUUGGAAUUGGGAGAACCUGGAAUGCCAACCCACCAUGGAUGGGAGAACCUGGAAUGCCAGCCCAUCUGGAAUGGGAGCCCACCAUGAAUGGGAGAACCUGGAAUGGGAGCCCACCAUGGAUGGGAGAACCUGGAAUGCCAGCCCACCUUGAAUGGCAGAACCUGGAAUGCCAGCCCUCCUGGAUCUGUCGUGCUCUGCUGGAUUUGGGAGGAGCUGGAAGAUCCCAGGAUGGAAGGAUUACAUGGAUGGACACCAUGGAUAACCCAGAAACUGCAGGAGCUCCUGCUGGAACCGGGAUGUCCCCUCGAGGUCUGGAGGUGACAAUCCCACAGAUCCAGAGGGUGGUGAGGUGCCCAGAGCCAUCCAAAUCAUGGGAAGGAAUUCCCAGCUGCAGGAAAAGGGCUGGGAAUGCCUUGCCCAAGUCCUGCCCUUGAUGAGAGAACAUCUGUGGGUGAGGAAUUCUCCAGAGGGAAGGACCAUGGCACCCUCUGGAUGGGCAGCACAGGAAGGAGGAGGAAAAUCCAGGUUCUUCCAGAACAUUCCAAGAUUUUGCCAUCAAACAAAGGAAGGGUAGGAGAUCUCCAAAGGAGAUCCAGGUCUUGGGAGUGGACAUGGUGAGCUUUGUGUUGUUCUUGGAAAGUUUCGCACCACUUGUGAAUUCCCUGAACCUUGGCCUUGCCGGCCCCCUUGUGUUGGGCCCUCCUCCUUUUCAGCUUGCCCAAAUUCAGACCCACUUGGCUCUCCAGCGCUCGGCUGCCGGCGGCGGGCGGGCGCCUCCCCGCGCUGGCGUGCGCCAGGCAUUGCUGAAAGACGCAAUGUUUAGCCCCAGAGGAACCUUGCCCCCGAGGCCCAGAGGACCCAACCCGGCGGGCACCAAAGCGCCGGCGGCGUUCGGGGCCGGAGGCGCGGCGGGGCCGCCCAGGAAAGCCGCGCCCCAAGGAGCGCCCCAAGGAGCGCCCCAGAGAUUCUCGGGCCACGAGUGGACGGGUUCGCAGAGGAUCAACGUCCGCGUCACGCUGCACAGGGCCGACCCCAGGAAAGUCAAGGAGAAGAGCGGCCUGCACCAGGAGCAGAAGGGAGACCCCCGUGCCACUCGCUGGGAUGGCGGCCCCUGCCCCGCCGGCACCGCCGGGCCGAAACCGCCCGGCCCGGCGCCGCUCUUGGAGCAGAACUCCAACCCGCAGAACCGCUACACGCCCGAAAGCGCCUCCAGCAUUUUAGCGAGCUUCGGGCUGUCCAACGAGGACCUGGAGGAGCUGAGCCGCUACCCCGACGACCAGCUGACGCCCGAGAACAUGCCGCGGAUCCUGCGGGAGAUCCGCAUCCGCAAGAUGGGCCACGCCGUGCCCGGCCUGCACGCUCCCAGCCGGGGGGAGGAGCCGGGGGGCGAGAGCAGCGGCGGCGGCGCCGUCAAGAGCAAAGUGAUCGACUACGGCCACGCCAGCAAGUACGGCUACACCGAGGACCCGCUGGAGAUCCGCACCUACAACCCCGAGGCGCUGCCCGAGGAACCGCUGGAAGCGCGCAUCUUCAAUCCCGACAGCUCGAGCGCGGAGAACCGGGAAGAAUUCCAGCGGGAGCCGAGCGUGCCGGUGGCCGCCCCGCCGCCCAGCGUGCCCAGCGUGCCCAACGUGCCCAACGUGCCCAACGUGCCGUGCAACCCCGUGUUCCCGGCCGAAGACCUCAUCAAGCUGCCGGCCUUCCCCGCCGACUCCUCGCCCGCUCCGUCGUUUUUCCCGGCCGAGCCGCCGGCCAAGGUGCCGGUGCUGUGCAGCGCCGCGCCCGCCGUGCUGCCGGUGGUGAAGCCGGCGUCCCAGCCGCCCAUGCCGCCGGUGCUGCCGCCCAUCCUGCCGGCGCUGCUGCCCACGCCGCUGCCGCAGCCCAUGCUGCCCCCGGUGAUGCCGCCGCUGGUCCAGCUGCCCGUCACCCAGCACGUGUUGACGCCAUUGACGCCGCCGCCUUUCUCGGCCGGGCUCCUGGCCGCCAUCAGCCAGCACGAGCAGAAGCAGCGCGACGCCGGCAGCGCCCAUCCCGGGCCCAGCGCCCAUCCCGGGCCCAGCGCCCAUCCCGGCCCCAGCACCCAUCCUGGGCCCAGCACCCAUCCUGGGCCCAGCACCCAUCCUGGCCCCAGCACCCAUCCUGGGCCCAGCACCCAUCCUGGCCCCAGCACCCAUGCCAGGCCCAGCGCCCAUCCCGGCCCCAGCGCCCAUCCCGGCCCCUCGGCGGGACACAAACCCUACCACCACAAACCCUACCACUCAGCGGCACAGGAGCCCAUCAAAUCCCCGUUCGGGGUGGUGAAGGCGUCCUGGCUGCCCGUGUUCCCCGAGAAGAGCAAACGCCUGCCCACCCCGUCCAUGAUGAACGACUACUAUGCCACGUCGCCGCGAAUAUUCCCACAUUUGUGUUCUCUGUGUAACCUUGAAUGCACUCAUAUGAAGGAUUGGAUCCUGCACCAGAACAACCCCGAGCACCUGGAGAGCUGCCGCCGGCUGCGCCAGCAAUAUCCCGAGUGGAAUCCUGAGGCUCACUCCUCCAGCAGGCAUGGUGCCGAGCGCAAGGAGAACCGCACCCCGCGCCGCCGCUCACUGUCCCCGCCCAGCCCGUCCCGCCGCCGCUCUCGGCCGCCGCCGCCGCUCCCGCCCGGCUCCUCCUCCUCCUCCUCCUCCUCGCGGCGCCGCCGCUCCCGCUCGCGCAGCCCCGGGCGGCUCCGGCGGCCGCGCUCCCGCAGCCCCGGCGGGCGGCGCCUCCCGCGGCCCCGCUCCCGCUCCCGCUCCCGCUCCCGCCCGCGCAGCCUGGCCCGGGCCAGCCCCCGGCCCCGCCGCAGCCGCUCCCGCAGCGCCGAGCGCGCCCGCGGCGCCAGGGCCAGCCGCUCCUCCGAAGCCCGGCGGGCGGCGCUGGAGGCGGUGAUGCGCACACUCGGUCCCAGUUUCCUGGCCGAGUUCCAGCGGCACCGAUCCCUGCACGAGGCCAAAGCCCACGCGGUGCCCAGGAAAGGCUCCCGGGGCACCCCCAAACCCCGCAAGGACGGGGCAGCCCCCGAGGGCACCCCCAAAAAGGAGCCCCAGGAGGAGGAGGAGGAGGAGGAGGAGGAGACGGGGAAGAGUCAGCCCGGCAACAGGCUGCUGCGCGCGGAGGCUCUGAGCUGCGGCACGGUGCUGCGCCUCUCGGGGCUGCCGCCCUCGGGCUACACCGAGCACGAGAUCCGCGAGCUGGUGCAGCCCUUCGGGAGGGUCAGCGACCUCAUCGUGCUGCGCUCCCGCCGCGAGGCGUACCUGGAGCUGAAGUGCAGGGAGGCGGUGCUGGCGGCCGUGCGCUGCGGGGAGACGGCGCCGCUGCUGCUGCACGGCCACCAACUGAGGGCCAGCGUGGCUGAGGGGACACAGGCAAAGAAAACGGUGAAAAAACGAGUUCUGAACCCCAAAAAAACCCCAACCAGCACCAAGAAAGUCCCGAGCACCAAAGUCCUGACAGGGAAAAAGGAAAAAGUGAAGAAAACAGUGGGGGAGAAGAAAGUGAAGAAAACCUCGAAUGUGGAAGGAAAAGAGGCCGGGGAAGAUUCCGGGGUUGUGGCUGAGGAAAUUCCGGAAUUGGAUCCCAAAAAUCCCGAAAAUCCCAAUAAUCCAAAUAAUCCCAAUAAUCCAAAUAAUCCCAAAAUUUCCCCGGAUCCAGAAGGACCAGGAGACCCCGGGACAGCCCCAGAGGCCGCGCUGAGCGAGGAACCCACGGAUGCAGGCGGGAAGGCUGACGCUGCCGACCCCGCUCAGCUCUGCGUUCUCCUGGUGUCCAACCUGCCCGCCAGGGGCUGCAGCCCGGCCGAGCUCUCCAGCCUGGCCCAGCCCUUCGGGGGCCUGCGGGACCUGCUGGUGCUCUCCUCCCACAAAAAGGCGUUCCUGGAGAUCCCGCGCGGAGCCGCCGAGUCCAUGGUGAAAUUCUACGGGAGCUUCCCGAUGAGCCUGGGCGGGAACCAGCUGGAGAUCCGGCACGAGCCGCGGCUGCCGAGCCUGCAGGACGAGGAAGCCGUUUUCAUCUCUCUCAUCCAGGAGUCUGAUCCCAAGGAUGACACUGACCCCGCUCAGCUCUGCGUUCUCCUGGUGUCCAACCUGCCCGCCAGGGGCUGCAGCCCGGCCGAGCUCUCCAGCCUGGCCCAGCCCUUCGGGGGCCUGCGGGACCUGCUGGUGCUCUCCUCCCACAAAAAGGCGUUCCUGGAGAUCCCGCGCGGAGCCGCCGAGUCCAUGGUGAAAUUCUACGGCAGCUUCCCGAUGAGCCUGGGCGGGAACCAGCUGGAGAUCCGGCACGAGCCGCGGCUGCUGAGCCUGCAGGACGAGGAAGCCGUUUUCAUCUCUCUCAUCCAGGAGUCUGAUCCCAAGGUCAGUUUUCCCAUUUUAUCCCAAAUUUUCCUGCACCUGGUGGACCUCCUCCCGGCCGAGGGCUACCGGGAGCUGGAGCUGGUGUGUGCGGGGCUGCGCUUCGGCCGCGUCGAGCACUACGCCGUGCUCAGCAACAGACACCGGGCCAUCCUGCAGCUGGACAGCCCCAAAUCCGCACGUUCCAUGCACAGUUUCCUGCAGCAAUAUCCAUAUUCCAUAGGAGAACACACACUCACCUGCUCCUUGUCCUCCCAUGGAGACAUUCCUGAGGCUGAAACCGGGAAAAAGGAAGUGAAGAGAGAGGAUGGGAGCAAAGGAAGCUCUGGCUUGAAAAAAAUCCCAGAGGGAUCAGGAACGGUGCAAACACCAGCGGGGAAUCCAUCGGGAGAGGCCAAGAAAGGCCAAAUUCCCACCCCAAAUGUCCCGGAGGAGAUUCCAGCGGGACAGCUGGAGAUUCCCGAGCCGCAGACAGGAGGAGCAGCCGGGGAAUCGCCCGCAGGGAUGGACGUGGAGGGGUUGGAUCCUGGAAUUCCCGUGGAUCCUGCUGGCAGCAAAUCGCCCGCAGCGGGGUCGGAGGAGAAACCGGCGCCGCUUUGCGGAGCGGGCACGGACAAAUCUCGGGAUGGGCCGGAGCUGGAAAUCAUCCCAAAGGAGGAUGAGGAGCCCUCUGCUCCCGCUGAGGAGCCUCUGGGAUCACCCAGCAGGGCCGGGGCAGCGCCGGGAGCCGUCCCUGGAGCGUCCCCGAGCUCGGGGGAGGCGCCCGCGGUGUCACCCGGGGUCACCCAGCCCGGCACGGAGCCGGAGAAAGCUCCCGCUCCCGAGGCUGGGAAAAGCAGCCAGGAACCGGCCACGGAGAGGAGAGCUGUCCCAAAACCUCCGGAUGCUCCAGGGAAAAAACUGGAUGUGGCCGGAGCAGAGAGAGAGGCGACAGCGGAGGAAUCCGUGCCCAAAAUUGGGGAGAAUCCAGGGAAAACUGGGGGCGAGGCUGGGACAGAACUGGAGAAAACACCGGGAAAAACAUCCCCCAAGGGUGGGGAGAACUCUGGGAAUGCUGUUGGUGAGACGCACGGGGGAAGUUCGGUUAAAAUCCCACAAAAUAAAGGGAUGGGAGCUGCAAAAUCCGAAGAAAACCACGCGGCCGCUCCGGUAAAUCCCGCUGCGUCCCUGAAGGAAUCUUGCAUUGGGAAAACCCUGCUGAAGGCAGUGGUGUCUGUCCCGGACAUCCUGAAACAGAAAAUUCCCGUCAGGAUCACCGAGCCUGCCCUGGCAAGAGCUGGGGAGCAGAAAAUCCCCCCCAAAGCAGGACUGGAGAAGAAAAUCCCGCCCAAAACCGCGGCUCAGCCGGGAGCUGGGAACAGCCCACGGAAAGGGAACGGGAAUUCCGGAGCGGAAGCGCAGGGGGACGGCGGGAAGAGCUCAUCCCAGCAGGAAAAGGAUUCCCAGCUGGAAUCUGCCACGAGCUCAAAGCAGAGCCAGCAGGGAGAGCGGGACAUCUGGCACCAAGGAAAAUCAGGCUCCUGGUGGGGCUGGUGCUGCAGCUUUGAAAAGCAGCGCCGGCAGCACUGGAAAACAGAAGGAGGAGGAAGAGCUCUUCCCGUUCAACCUGGACAAGUUCAUCACGGUGGACGAGAUGACAGUGAACCAUUCCAUUCCCAGGAGGAAGAGCUCUUCCUGUUCAACCUGGACGAGUUCGUCACGGUGGAUGAGGAGGAAGAGCUCUUCCCGUUCAACCUGGAUGAGUUCGUCACGGUGGAUGAGGAGGAAGAGCUCUUCCCGUUCAACCUGGACGAGUUCGUCACGGUGGACGAGGUGCUGGAGGAAGCCGAGUCUCCGGUGGUGCCGCGGCGGAACCCCCCGAGGGGGAAGAGAAAAGAAGCCCCCAAAGGCAGCCCUUCGGAGCCGGCGCCCAAGAAGAGGAAAGGGAAGAGUGUCGGAGCCGAAGGUGAGCUGUCCUUUGUCACCUUGGAUGAGAUCGGGGAGGAGGAGGAGGAGGAGGCGCCGGUGCCGCUGCCGGGCGUCGACCCCCAGGGCCUGGUGGUGGUGGAUGAGGUGGUGGAAGAGGAGGAGCUGUCGGAAGCGGUGAAGGACCCGCAGGCGCUGCUGACGCUGGAUGAGAUCUCGGAGCAGGAGGAGCCGGGCUCCCACGGGAACGGGCCCCGGCGGGAAUUGGAGGAGCGGGAGCUGAAGGCCGAGCCCUUGGUGACGGUGGAUGAGAUUGGGGAGGUGGAGGAGCUGCCCCUCAACGAGCCCGCGGAGCUGAGCGCCGCCGAGGAGGGCAAGGCCAACCCCGGGGAGGGCGCGGCCUCCCAGGUGCCCGACGACCCCAACGCCUUGGUGACCGUGGACGAAAUCCAGGAGGACAACGAGGACAAUCCUCUGGUGACUCUGGAUGAGGUCAACGAGGACGAGGAUGAUUUCCUGGCCGACUUCAAUCACCUCAAAGAGGAACUGAACUUUGUUACGGUCGACGAAGUCGGCGAUGAAGAGGAGGAAAGCACUUUCCCAGGGAAGAACCCGCCCGAGGAUGAAGAUGACGAAGAUAUUGUUGCUGUUGCAGGACCAGAAGAAAUGGGAAUUCUAGGAGAUACAAAUCCAGAGGAUGAAAUGGCUGAAAUCUCCAAGCCAAAAGCAGCUCAGCUGGGAUCAGAAGAUGCAGAACCAAAGCCUCAGCAGAAGAAAACGACUUUUCCAGGUGUCCCCAAGACGCAGAGCACUCCCAAAGCUCUGGACAUCCUGGUGCCCAAGGCCGGAUUCUUCUGCCAGAUCUGCUCCCUCUUCUACGCCGACGAGCCCUCCAUGAUCAACCACUGCAGGACCCCCCUGCACCGGCAGAACAUGGAGAAAUUCAUGGCCAAGCAGCAGGAGAGCGGCGGGGAGGAGCCGAGCUCCAGGUGAUGGAGCUUCCCAGGAACCACCACACGUCGGGGCCAGUCAGCUCUGUGUGUUCGGAUUUCCUCGGUCAUUCGGGGUCGGGAAGGAGAAUCCAUGAUGUGAAAAAUCAGAGCUGGGAACAGACCCAACCCAA